CUGGAGUGAGUCAAUCUGAACUCCGAGAGGCCCCCAGCCGCCGUGUCAGGGCCUCACAUCUCCCACAAACAGGACCGUAUUGAGAUAGAAUGACAGAAUCUUACAAAAACUGAAACUGAAAUGCGGAAGGCGGAUUGAGCAAUCCAUGGAAGGCCAGAGCCAGAGAGCCUACUUCAGGGCUGCAAAGGAUGCAGAAGAGAGAAAGUCAGGAGAGUGCUCCUGGGGGAGCCCAGCCCUGCUGUGCUCUGAGGGAAGCCUCCUGAGACACGGAUGACAGGAAAUGACCCGCUCCUGUGCUCACUCACUCCAAAGGCCUAGACCUUCAACGUGCUUCUCCUGGAAUGGAUGAGUCUGCAAAGACCCUGCCACCACCGCGCCUCUGUUUUUGCCCUGAGAAAGGAGAAGAUAUGAAAGAAGGAUAUGUUCCCUUCACUCCGCAGAAGGAGGGUGCCUGGGUUGGGAUCUGCAGGGAUGGAAGGCUGCUGGCUGCUACCCUCCUGCUGGCCCUGUUGUCCAGCAGUUUCACAGCGAUGUCCUUGUACCAGUUAGCUGCCCUGCAAGCGGACCUGAUGAGCCUGCGCAUGGAGCUGCAGAGUUACCGAGGUUCAGCAACACCUGCCGCCGCGGGGACUCCAGGGUUGACCCCAGGAGUCAAACUCCUAACACCGGCAGCUCCUCGACCCCACAACUCCAGCAGACGCCACAGGAACAGACGCGCUUUCCAGGGAUCGGAGGAAACAGAACAAGAUGUAGACCUCUCAGCUCCUCCUGCACCAUGCCAGCCCGGAUGCUGCCAUUCUCAACAUGAUGAUAAUGGACUGAACCUCAGAACCAUCAUUCAAGACUGUCUGCAGCUGAUUGCAGACAGCGACACGCCGACUAUACGAAAAGGAACUUACACAUUUGUUCCGUGGCUUCUCAGCUUUAAAAGAGGAAAUGCCUUGGAGGAGAGAGAGAACAAAAUAGUGGUGAGGCAAACAGGCUAUUUCUUCAUCUACAGCCAGGUUCUGUACACGGACCCCAUCUUUGCCAUGGGUCAUGUCAUCCAGAGGAAGAAAGUGCAUGUCUUUGGGGACGAGCUGAGCCUGGUGACCCUGUUCCGAUGCAUCCAGAAUAUGCCAAAAACACUGCCCAACAAUUCCUGCUACUCGGCUGGCAUCGCGAAGCUGGAAGAAGGGGAUGAGAUUCAGCUUGCAAUACCUCGGGAGAACGCCCAGAUUUCACGGAACGGAGACGACACCUUCUUUGGCGCGCUAAAACUGCUGUGACCCACUUGUUGGAGUGUGCGACCCCUUCCAUCCUCUUCUCUGUACCUCCGAGGGAGAAACGAUGACUGGAGAUACUAAAAGAGGGGGAAACUCGUUUCCCCGUGAGCUGUUGAAUCUGGUCCAAAGGAGGAAAUACAACAGCCAGCCACAACCAGAGUGUGUCACGUGAUUUAUGAGAAAUGGAACCCACACCCAGAAAGACAGGACCAGGAAGGCUGUUUUUUCCAGUCCUAUGCCAACACGCACCACAACCUUGCUCUUCACCUUGGGAGACACAAGUUCAGAGUGCAGGGAGAUGUCCUUCCUUUGUGAUUCACCAUGAGAAGAGGGCCCACAUCUGAAGGUCAUUGAAGCAUUCACGCAAAGUCUCAGGAUUUACCCUCCCUUCUCAUGCUAAGUACACGCACCUCUUUUCCAGGUAACACUAUGGAAUACUAUGGAAAGGUUUUUUGUUUGUUUGUUUGUUUUUAAAUCUAGGAGUCUUGAACUGGCAAUAGACAAAAAUACUUAUAAAUUCAAGUGUAAAAUAAACUUAAUUAAAAAGGCUUAAGUGUUAAAUAAUUGGAUGAAAGAGCUGACUGUGGAAGAUUUCUUGAUUUAGGUCAAGCUGGCAAUUGAUUCUGAUAUCAGAAGUAUUUUUCACAGAAGGGAAGAAUUCACUCAUUUUGGAUCACAGGUAUAUUUUGUGAUAACUUCCGGUUGCUUUAUAAAAUGGUGCCGUAGAUACAUCUGACUGGCACAGAGACCACUAAUGUGGAGCUGUAGUCACACUCACACAAGCUCGGCCUUGAGGGUGUGUUCCUGGCAGGGCAGAGAUUUCCCCCUUGUCCGGUCUGUCCAUGUCCAGUUGAGGCGUAAGCAAGCUUUGUAGCAUCUGACGUCAAGAUGAGGCACCUUGUGUGCUCCCGUGAGGAUCCUGUCUCAGUAGUGGUAGGGGUGGGGGGAAGAGCAUUGUCUCAGAGGAGUGGCUAGAGAUCUCCCUGGCAUUGCUGCUAUGGUUGAGUGCAAAUAAGAGCAUUGUGUGCCUUCCGACCAUCGCCAAGCCCAUUCUCUCUGCCAACAAUGUCCACUUUCAGUAUUUCUUUAUACAACUGUAACUGUAAUUUCUUUAUACAACUGUAACUGUAAUUUCUUUAUACAACUGUUACCAAUUUGUCUUAGUCAGGGUUUCUAUUCCUGCACAGACAUCAGGACCAAGAUGCAAGUUGGGGAGGAAAGGGCUUAUUCGACUUAUACUUCCAUGUUGCAGUUCAUCACCAAAGGAAGUCAGGACUGGAACUCAAGCAGGUCAGGAAGCAGGAGCUGAGGCAGAGGCCAUGGAGGGAUGUUUCUUACUGGCUUGCUUCCCUUGGCUUGCUCAGCUUGCUCUCUUACAGAACCUUAGACUACCAGGCCAGAGAUGGCACCACCCACAAUGGGCCCUCCUCCCUUGAUCACUAAUUGAGGAAAUGCCCCACAGCUGGAUCUCAUGGAGGCAUUUCCCCACCUGAAGCUCUGUGAUAACUCCAGCCUGUGUCAAGUUGACACACAAAGCCAGCCAGUACAGUUGACCUCUUGUCAAUUUGACACACAGACACAUCACAAUAAGCCUCAACCCUUACUUUCGUAUUCAUCUCCAAGAUCUAAAUAACUGUAAAAGUCCCAGUCUUUACAUAUUAAAAGUUCAAUCCCUUUAAAAUGUCCAAUACCUUUUAAAAUUCAAAGUCUUUUAAAAAUUCAAAGUCUCUUAAUUGUAGUCUCCACUAAAGUACCUUCUUCCUUCCAGAGGGAAAAAUAUCAGGCAAGAAGCAUUGUAGGUAAAAUAACACGUACUGGGGUACUAAUUAUAAAGUCUGGAUAUUUUAUACAUCUCCAAGGGAUCUUUUUAUGUCUACACGUUAUCAUUACUGCUCAGAGAAUAAAGUUCAACAAAAACACUGGAUUUGAAUAGGAGUGUUUUGGGGAAAUAAUCCAGCCGUGGUACGUGUGAGAAACAAGAAGACCCAUUUUUAGUUUUCUCUGUAGCCUGCACACUGGUUUCCAUAGUUUCUAGACUAGUUUACAUUUCCGCUGCUGGCAAUAAGAGUUCCCCUUUGCCCACAGCCCUGCCAGCGGUUGCUGAUAUCCGCUGUUUUGAUGACAGAUUAAGUUGACUAGAGUGAAAUGGCAUCUUUCUUGCUGUGGUUGUAUUUGCAUUUCUCUGGUGGCUGUGGCUGUUGAAUAUGUCUCAUAUGUUUAUGUCUCACAUGUUAAUCGGCUGAGCCAGCUUCACCUUUUGAGAAUGGCCUGUUCAUUUAUUAGCCCAGUUAUUUAUUGCACUGUUUGGUUUAUUAGUACUUAUGCAUUUAUUGUUUGGUUUAUUAGUACUUACGCAUUUAUUUUGUUUGGGUCCUUAUCUUGUGUUCUGAGUCUGGAGUCAGUCUUUAACUACUAGGGAUCUUGACACAUGAGUUCUUAUAUAUUGUGUCUAUCAAACCUCUGUCAGAUAUUUAGGUAGCAGUUUCUUCUUCUAUUCUGUAAGCUGUUCAUUCACUGGAUACGUUGCCAUGAAGAAAUCUUUUAAUUUCACAUAGUCCCAUUUUCAACUGAAGGGCCAUUUCCUGAGCAGCUGAAGCCAUGUUCAGAAAGUGGUUGCCUGUGCGGGCAUUUUGAGGUGUCCCUUCCAAUUUUCCUCUAUCAACUUGAGUUGUGGACAUAUUAUGUGGCAACAUAAUAAAGGCGGUACUUAACAGAUCUACAAAACCUACAGUGAUCAUCAUGCUAAAUGGAAAAACAACCCUCAAAGUAUGUCCACCAAAUAAAGGUUAAAAACAAC